CAGCUGCGCUUAUUUUUAGUGAAAAAAAAUCGUGACAUAACUGUGCUGCUGUUUGGUGAUGAUUAUAAUUGGAAUCGAAAUUUGACGAAACAAUUUUCGAAUUCAACUUUAGACGUUCAUGUUGCUCAGCCAUUAGUGAACAUUACACCAAUUGUCGAUAUUGCCUUCUGCAGUUCGUACUGUGAUGCUGUUCUGAUAACGGCAUCCGCAUCAACAUUUGGAUGGUGGAUGGCCUACUUGACUCGACCGAAUACGUCAAUUUAUUACAAUUCGGUUUUCUCGAAGACGAACGGUAUCGAACGAGAGCUUAAUCCUCGAGACUUUUUCCCGCCGCACUGGAAGUCCUUGAACAUGACGGAAUCACCGAAUGGAACCGUUUUUAUAAAUAUUCAGUGA